AUGGCGGAUGAAUUAGACUACUUGCAGGCGGAUUUCGACCUAAAUUCCCUUACAGUUCCUCGCCUACGCUCAAUCCUCGUCAAUCAUGAUGUGCCCUAUCCUGCCUCCGCAAAGAAAGCGCAACUGAUCCAAAUCCUAGAGGAUGAAGUCCUUCCGCGAGCCAGAAAGCUGCUCAGGGAUCGUGAGCGAGUGAGAAGGACAAGUGCGGGUAUUACAGACAUGGGUAGUCGGGCUUCAUCGGUUGCCAGUGAAAGAGAUGAUCGUGACUCGAUGCCUCCUCCCCCAACACCGUCGACUGUUGGUUCCACAAGACGAGGCGCGUCGCGACGCAGUGUUCGUGCAUCAACUGCGGAUACAGACGAGAACCUCGCUCCGUCUACUCCUCUCGCAAAAACUAAGAGAGCAAGUGUAGCGCGUUCUGUAGGCAAGCACCCUCGUGCUUCCGAUACAGAGACCGGUGAUGACCUGAUGGCGACUCCAGUAGCCGCCGUUGGUGCUUCGCCCCGCAAGUCUACCGCCCGGAAGCUACGCCGUAGUGAGGUCCUCCCUUCAACAGAGCCCGAAGAAUUUACACCUACCGUCAAAACCGAGUCGAACAACGAUAGCGGCUUUACAGACGAUAACCCAUUCCAGAGUGGCAGCCCGUCUGAUAUCCUACGAAGCAGGACAUCAAGCCACGAUGGCAAGCGUCGGAGCAGUGGACGCCUAUCAACUGAAAGUCCGAUAAAGAGUGGACUGCGGUCACGGAAGUCUGCUACUCCUGCUAGCAUCAAACAGGAGGAUGGCAUCAUGGCCCCCGCGAGGGAAUCUUUCGACUUUACACCCCGAUUGAGACCCACAAAGGAGGAAUCUGAAGAAUCUGAAGAGCAAUCCGAUGAAGAGAGCGAGUUUGGCGCCGGAGAAGAGUUCACACCCGAGGAGCAGCUUGCUCUUGAAACCCAGCAAUACGCACCACUCACCCAGGUCCGAAAACGCCCUACCAAGCAAGGCUCUUCAAGCGUAGUAGCUUCCUGGCUGGUGAUUCUUGCAGUGCUUGGUGGCUUCGGUGCUUGGUGGCGCAAGGAAAAGAUUGAAAUUGGAUACUGUGGUCUUGGAAAGCCUACUUGGUCGUUGGCUGAGACUAAUGUCCCCGAAUGGGCCAAUGUCUUGGAGCCACGCUGUGAGCCAUGUCCUCCCCAUGCUUUUUGUUACCCGGAGUUCGAGGCACGCUGUGAACAUGAUUUCAUUCUCAAGUCUCAUCCUCUCUCUUUGAAUGGGCUUGUUCCUCUACCUCCAACAUGUGAAGCCGAUAGUGAGAAGGCACGUCGUGUUAAGGCUGUCGCAGAUAAGGCUGUAGAAGAGCUACGAGAUCGCAGAGCCAAGUGGGAAUGCGGUCAAUUGAAUGAAGAAGGCAAAGAGCCAUCUCCUGAGAUCAGUGAACCGGAGCUCAAGGAAGAGGUUGCAAAGAAGCGCCGCAAGGGUCUUAGUGAUAUGGAGUUCGAUGACCUCUGGAAAGGAGCUAUUGGAGAAAUCAUUGGUAAAGAUGAAGUUGUGACCAACACCAAGCAACCUUCCGCCGUCCUCAUCCUCACAUCAACAUCCACAGCACGACUCCCCUUCACAUGCGCGGCCCGCCGCUACGUUCGACUCGCUCUCCUCGCGUAUAGACUCCCUCUUUCACUUCUAAUUCUAAGCAUUGGUGGUCUCAUAUAUGCUCGCGCUCGGGUUCUCGCCCGGCGAUCAGAUAUUGCGCGUGUGCCUGAACUAGUUGCUAUUACUUUGGACCGUUUGGCCACACAAGCUGCUCUCCAUGCCGGUAACAAAGCCGGAGAGCCUUACAUCUCCAUAGGGCAGCUGCGCGAUGACGUCCUUCGAUUCGAGCUACAGGGCAAGCGGCGCGAAGAAUUGUGGCGUCGAGUCGGCCGAAUUGUCGAAGGCAACGCUAAUGUACGUUCCGCUAUUCGUGAAGGCCGCAGUGGUGAUGUCGCCCGCAGCUGGGAGUGGGUUGGCGGUAUCGGAAGCGUUGGUCCUAGCGGCGGCAACAGCGGCGAAAUCGAAGACAGUGCUCGUCGACGAAGUGGUCGAGUAUCCCUGUCUUCUCCGCUCAGCCGGAACGCCGAUGAUCACGUGGCUGAUAACGGCGGCAAGGACGACCUGGCUACUAGUCCUAGACAAGCCCGCCGUUGGGAUGAGGGCCGUCCGAUCUACUAA